CAGGAAGAGUUCUGCUUUGACAUGUGUUUUGCAGAGGGGGGGAAGAGGAGUGGGCAUCGCAGAGACACCGUUUGGAUGCACACGGUUAAAUUUCAGGGCAGCAAGAUGAAGAAGCAGGGGGAGAGCCAGUGCACUCAGAAGACCAUCUCAUUGCUGAGCCCCCUGGGGACGAUCCAAGUCAGUGGAUGUGAGAAUGGUGUGCACACCAUCCAGAUCCUAAUGGAUGUCGCACCUGCUGAAAGGAGCAGCGGGGGCCCCCUGAGCUGUGUGGUCAACGAUAGCCUGGCAGAAACGAGCCCUGAGUUGCAGCGCUGCGUUGAAUGGCUCCAGGCGUACUUCAGUGAGCCGCAGACCACUGGGAGUCUCCCGCUCCCUGGCUUUCACCACCCCGCCCUGCAAGGAGAUUCAUUCACCAGCCGCGUGCUGCAGGUACUUCUGAGAGAUGUGACGUUCGGAAAGACGGUUUCAUACAAACGCCUCGCCGAGAUGGCGGGAAACCCCAGAGCGGUGCGGGCGGUGGGAGGGGCUAUGAGGAAGAAUCCGGUUCCUCUCCUCAUUCCUUGUCACAGAGUCAUUUCUAGCAGUGGACAGAGUGGGCCGUACAUGAGCGGCAAGGGCAACCAUCUCAAACAAUGGCUGCUCACCCAUGAGAGGCAGGGAGGGGAAGGCUAAAGCAUGACAGAGCCCAACUGUCCUUCAAACACAAAACAGGGCCAUAAAGUUUUCCUUGCUUGGCACACACCGUGGAACAACUGGAGUAACUUGUAAAUAUUCAGUUUAUAAUCCUUUUUUUUUUUUAAAUCUAAGAAUAGAGAUGCUGCAUAGUUAAUGUGAUACAGAGUUGUUGCAGAAUUAGAAUGUACAAAAAUAACUUAAACAGAGAACAGUAGGAAUUACAAACAUAUGCUCCCGUGGGUCUCCGUUGCGUUUGCCAGAUAGUGCUUGGAAUGGUUUUUCUAAAGAAUUAUUAUUCCCUUAAAAAUAUGUCUCUUGCAUUGUUGUUGUUGUUAUUUUUUUUC